UCCGCCCGCAGGUUAGCGGCGGCGGUGGCGGCGGCGCAGAAGGCUGGGCCUUUGCGCCGCGGGGCCGACGGACGCACCGGCGGGUCUCUGGGAGCCAUGGAGCGUGGUCCCGGGGCCGGGGAGCGCGGGCCCGGGUGGGUUACCCACUGCACAACGUGGAGACCUGUGGCUGUGAGGCUCCUGGGGGCUUUUCUUGGACCACGAUGGGGCUGGGCUGCAGCCUCCUAACAGGGCUCUUGUCUAGGGCAGUAGCCCAGGAGGCACCCUCCCCACUGCCCCCUCCUCGGAGCACCCCUGCGUCUUCUCUGCUGAGCCAGGCCAGGUGGCAUUGUUGGUGGGCUUCCCAAAGGAGGCCCCGCUUGGGGCCUGGCACCCGCCAUGAACGGCCUGUCGGUGAGUGAACUCUGCUGCCUCUUCUGCUGCCCACCGUGCCCUGGCCGCAUCGCUGCCAAGCUCGCCUUCCUGCCACCGGAGCCCACCUACUCGCUGGUACCUGAGCCUGAGCCAGGGCCUGGUGGGGCUGGGGCUGCCCCUUCCGGGUCCCUGCGGACUUCCGCUGGCACCCCAGGGCGCUGGAAGAUCCACCUGACUGAGCGUGCUGACUUCCAGUACAGCCAGCGGGAGCUUGAUACCAUUGAGGUCUUCUUGACCAAGAGUGCCCGUGGCAACCGCAUCUCCUGCAUGUACGUGCGCUGCGUGCCCGGUGCCAGGUACACGGUGCUCUUUUCUCAUGGCAAUGCAGUGGAUCUGGGUCAGAUGAGCAGCUUCUACAUUGGCCUGGGGACCCGCAUCAGCUGUAAUGUCUUCUCCUAUGACUACUCCGGCUACGGUGUGAGCUCAGGCCGGCCCUCUGAGAAGAAUCUCUAUGCAGACAUAGAUGCUGCCUGGCAGGCACUGCGUACCAGGUAUGGCAUCAGCCCAGAUAGCAUCAUCCUGUACGGGCAGAGCAUUGGUACGGUGCCCACAGUGGACCUAGCCUCACGCUAUGAGUGUGCUGCCGUGGUUCUGCACUCGCCGCUCACGUCGGGCAUGCGUGUCGCCUUUCCGGACACCAAGAAGACCUACUGCUUCGAUGCAUUCCCCAACAUCGAGAAGGUGUCCAAGAUCACUUCACCUGUGCUCAUCAUCCACGGCACGGAGGAUGAGGUGAUCGACUUCUCACAUGGGCUAGCGCUAUAUGAGCGCUGCCCCAAGGCUGUGGAGCCACUGUGGGUGGAGGGUGCUGGACACAACGACAUUGAGCUUUAUAGCCAGUACCUAGAGCGCCUGCGCCGCUUCAUCUCCCAGGAGCUGCCCAGCCAGUGUGCCUAGUCCACCGACUCGGCACCGCAUGACCUGCUCCGCCCCACCAGGACCUCAGCAAUAAGGUGGCUGCAGGACUCGUCCCCUGCCACAGCCCUGGGGGCUGCAUGUGGACCCUCUGGUUGCCCAGGCCCCCCAAGCAGUGGGCAGGUGGCCCGGACCCUGCCCCGGCCCAGGGGCCACGGACCAAUGUACAGGUGACAGAGCUAUGUUCUCUUUUCCUUAUGGAAACAAAAAGAAGACGUGAAAACAAAAAUUAAAGGUUUAAGAUUUUAGGGC